UCCGCCAUCCACCCGCCGCCGGAAUGUGGACGGCGCUGGCCCGGCCCUGAGGCGGCUGCGCGGCCCGCCGAGCCGUUCUCGUCUGGCUUGCCACUCCGCUGCGCAGAGAGCUGGUGGUUGAGCCACGCAGCGGCCGGACUGGAGGCGGCGGCAGAGCGGGGAGAAAGGCUCGGCUGCCAUCGAAGAGGAACUGCCCUUUCUGUUUCCAGAGAAAUUUUAGUGAUAAUACAUGCAACAGCUUCUUAUCCCUUUAAAUUCAAGAAAGGUUCUUGUGGCAGGAGGAGAAUACUGAGCUGAGAUGGAAGUCAAAACAUCAUUUAGCAAAGCCAGCAGAAUUCCUGAAACUGUAUCCACAUUCAUUAAUGAAGAAUUUGUCCUGGUUCAUCAGCAAUCUGAGGAUACCUUUGGAAAAGAUGAAAAACCUCAGCUGAAGGUAUUUUCAAAUGGAGAUGAUCAGCUGGAGAAAGCAAUGGAAGAGUUAUUGAGGGAUUCUGAAAAAGACCAGAACAAUUUCACUGCUCUCCAAGAAGGUUCCAGUGAUGCAAGCAGCCAGGCAGCUCAGGAUGGUUCAGCAGGUCAAACACAUAUGCCAUCUUUGCACCUUGCUUUAGACCCUUCUACUACAGAAAUCUCUGCACCAAGGCCAUUUUUUCCUGGUGAACCCCUAGAAGAGGACAGUGUAUUGUUUAACAAACUGACUUACUUAGGUUGCACAAAAGUGUCUGCCCCUCGAAAUGAACCAGAAGCUCUACAUGCCAUGGCAAGCAUGAAAUCCUCAAGUCAAGCCUCUUUACCUGUAACGCUUUAUGUUCCAAACAUUCCGGAAGGCUACGUAAGAAUAAUAAAUCAGUCAAGCAACACAGAGAUAGCCUCGUUUCCAAUCUAUAAGGUGUUGUUUUGUGUGCGUGGACAAAAUGGAACUUCAGAAAGUGACUGUUUUGCAUUUACUGAAAGCAGCUGUGGAACAGAGGAGUUCCAGAUUCAUGUUUUUUCCUGUGAGAUUAAAGAAGCGGUCAGCCGAAUUUUAUAUAGUUUCUCGACAGCAUUCAAACGUUCUUGCAAACAAGCAUCUGAUCAUGUUAAGGACUUUCUUCUUCCUACUCCAGAUAGUGAUGUGUACACUUUCAGUGUUUCCUUAGAAGUCAAAGAAGAUGAUGGAAAAGGAAAUUUUAGCCCUGUGCCAAAGGACAGAGAGAAACUAUAUUUCAAGCUUAAACAGGGAAUUGAGAAGAAAGUGGUGAUUACAGUUCAGCAACUCUCAAACAAAGAACUGGCCAUUGAAAGAUGCUUUGGGAUGCUGCUAAGCCCUGGACGAAAUGUGAAGAACAGUGACAUGCAUUUACUAGACAUGGAAUCCAUGGGAAAGAGUUCUGAUGGGAAGGCUUAUGUAAUUACUGGAAUGUGGAAUCCUAAUGCACCCAUGUUUCUGGUACUUAAUGAGGAAACUCCUAAAGAUAAGCGUGUAUUCAUGACUGUGGCAGUGGAUAUGGUUGUUACUGAAAUAGUAGAGCCAGUUCGUUUUUUGCUUGAGACUGUUGUGCGUGUAUAUCCUGCCAAUGAACGUUUCUGGUACUUCAGCAGAAAAACCUUCACAGAAACUUUUUAUAUGAAGUUAAAACAGUCUGAAGGAAAAAGCCAUACAAAUGCUGGGGAUGCAAUUUAUGAAGUUGUCAGUCUACAAAGAGAAUCUGCAAGAGAGGAAGAAUUGGUCAGCCCAACAAGCGGAGGAGGGCCUGUAUCAUCCCAGGAGGAUGAGGCAGAAGAAGAGAGUGAUAAUGAACUCUCCAGUGGCACUGGUGAUGUGUCAAAGGAUUGUCCUGAGAAGAUUUUGUAUUCCUGGGGAGAAUUACUGGGGAGAUGGCACAAUAAUCUUGUUGUGAGACCAAACGGGUUGUCUACUCUGGUGAAAAGUGGUGUUCCAGAAGCACUAAGGGCAGAGGUUUGGCAGUUGCUGGCAGGAUGCCAUGACAAUCAGGCAAUGCUGGAUAAAUACAGAGUUCUCAUCACAAUGGAUUCUGCUCAAGAGAGUGUCAUUACACGAGAUAUUCAUCGUACAUUUCCAGCACAUGAUUAUUUCAAAGAUACAGAAGGCGAUGGUCAGGAAUCUCUAUACAAAAUCUGUAAGGCAUACUCUGUCUAUGAUGAAGACAUUGGCUAUUGCCAGGGACAGUCUUUCCUUGCAGCUGUGCUUCUACUUCAUAUGCCAGAGGAGCAGGCGUUCUGUGUAUUUGUGAAAAUAAUGUAUGACUAUGGCUUGAGGGACCUCUACAGAAAUAACUUUGAAGAUCUCCAUUGCAAAUUUUUCCAGCUGGAGAAGUUAAUGCAGGAGCAGUUACCAGACUUGUAUGGCCAUUUCUCAGACCUCAAUUUGGAAGCUCAUAUGUAUGCAUCCCAGUGGUUCCUCACUCUUUUUACUGCCAAGUUUCCACUGUGCAUGGUCUUCCACAUCAUUGACUUACUACUUUGUGAGGGUAUGAACAUAAUCUUCCACGUAGCCUUGGCUCUCUUAAAGACCUCAAAAGAGGACCUUCUACAAGCUGAUUUUGAAGGAGCUUUAAAAUUCUUCAGGGUUCAGUUGCCCAAGAGGUACAGAGCUGAAGAGAACGCCAGAAGACUGAUGGAACAAGCCUGCAACAUUAAGGUGCCAACAAAAAAGCUGAAGAAAUAUGAGAGAGAGUACCAAACAAUGCGAGAGAGUCAGCUGCAGCAGGAAGAUCCCAUGGACAGAUACCAGAGGGAAAACCGCAGGCUCCAAGAAGCAAGCAUGCGGCUGGAGCAGGAGAAUGAUGACCUUGCCCAUGAGCUUGUAACAAGCAAAAUUGCCUUACGGAAUGACCUGGACCAGGCUGAAGACAAAGCAGAUGUUUUGAACAAGGAACUUCUCCUGACCAAACAGAAGCUAGUGGAGACUGAGGAGGAGAAACGGAAGCAGGAAGAGGAAACUGCUCAGCUGAAGGAGGUCUUCAGGAAGCAGCUAGAGAAGGCAGAAUCUGAGAUCAAGAAAACCACAGCCAUUAUUGCAGAGUAUAAACAGAUUUGUUCCCAGCUGAGUACAAGGCUGGAAAAACAACAAGCGGCCAGUAAAGAUGAACUGGAAGUUGUGAAGGGUAAAGUGAUGGCCUGCAAACACUGCAGUGAGAUUUUCAGUAAGGAAGGAGCACUGAAGCUGCCUAUUGUAAGCAUGGAGAAUAAGGGCAUAGAAAUGGACGAUGAAAAGGAUGCACUGAAGAAGCAGCUGAGGGAGAUGGAACUGGAACUUGCACAGACCAAACUGCAACUUGUGGAAGCUAAGUGCAAAAUUCAGGAGCUGGAGCACCAGAGAGGAGCCCUUAUGAAUGAAAUCCAAGCUGCCAAAAACUCUUGGUUUAGCAAAACCCUGAACUCUAUCAAAACGGCAACAGGCACACAGCCACCGCAGCAGUCUCAGCCGUCCCUGCCACCGAAAGAGAGCAGUACAUAGUUCCCGACAGACCCCAAACAAGAGCACAAAGAACAACACAACUGAACCCUGGAGGAUUCUUCCAGUGGUCUCUCCUCUUGGAGAAAGGACAAAAGGCAGGAGUGCAGGCUUGAAGUGAAAUUCUUCGGUGUUUUUCAUUCAUUCUGAUGUGACCCUUUUCAAAGGGGGAAAAAAUAAUUCCUGGUUUAUGUUGAAUUCUUACUUCCCAAACUGCCUUGCUGAAAGCCACGUUCUGAUGAUACCUUCAUACUUUUACACUUUAUUUUAUAUGACUAGGUGUUAAAUAAAUACUUCAAAACUAGGUCUUUAAUACACAACUAAUUAUUCAAAAUUAUUUUUAUUUUGCAUAGAAGGUUUUUUCUUCUGGAGGAAGAGCGAGACGGGAAAAUGUAAAGUACUGAAGCAUAAUCUCUUCAUAGAAAGCACAGUGUAAUAAGCACCAGUGUGUGUGCGCGGGUGUCUUAGGAUAGCUUACGCCCUGGGACCAUCUCAGAAGUUUAUCGCAGUGACUGUGUCCUGCAGAGAAGCACUUUUUGUAAAGCUUAGGCCAUAGCAAAGAUAGUCUUGUGCUCUCUUGGCACAACUGUUUAUGAGCUUCCCUGAUAAGUUCUUAGUUCUGAUUCAUUUUUUCUUCAGAAGUGCAAGUAGUGCAGUUCCUUGUAGCACUGUUGUGUGAAGGCUAUUGACAACUGAACUGGAAUUUAACAUAAAGUUAUCUAGUUCCCUUUUUAUUUCUAGUUUAUACUACAGUUUGCAGGAAAUAAUUCUUUCCAGUGGGAUAAAGGGAAAAUUGUUCAGUGUUUGACUUUUUGCCCUGAAGCAGAGUGAAGACCUUGCAUAGGUUAGACCUUUUGUAUAUCCUGUGAAAUAAGGGGUAGGUUUUAUGAGUAACAGUAAUGAAAACCUUUCCCUGGGUCUAUAUUCAAAUUCUGAAUUAGACACAGGAAUGAGGUCUCAAAGAAAACACACCCCAAAAUGUUUAUGCUGCACUGAUGUCAAGAUCUGUUUGCUACUUAGGAAAUGCUAUGUUGGUAUUACUUAUUUUUAUAAACACAAACAUUUUCAAGUGGAAUACAAAACCUAGACUUUCCCAUGGGGCAGACUUCUCUGAUGAUUCCCAAACUUACCUGGUUGUUUUUUAUCUCUUAAGGUAAGAAAAUCCAAACGCAUUUGUUUUGACUGAACAUAAAGUGUUUAUAGAAAUACUUAUUUCAUGUAAAAUUAAACUAUUGCUUGAGCUGAUGGAGUAUUUUUUUAAUUAUAUCUGUCAUGUCUAAAGAAGGUCUUGCAGGUAAAUAUCACUGCUGGACUAAAGAUUGUGUAUUAAUUGUUCCAUUUACAAAAUUAUUCCAGGGACAUUAGUUCUGUUUUUUUCUUUUUUUAAUUCUAAGUAAUGCCAUAUCUUGUCAGUUUUGUACAAUAAAAUUUAAUGAUACCCAUCUUGUGCUUUGUUGUCAAGCAUAAUUCUGAAUUAUUUUAAACAGGGUAGUAUAAAUAUUACCUGUGCCAAAGGAAUGACUCUGAAAGGCAGUCAGCUGUUUGAAGUAGAGAUCAAAAUAUAAUCACUAUCUUGACAAAAUCCUGCAAUGAAAUUUUCUCUUUGAAAGGUAAGGGCCUAAAAAAGUUAAUAUUUGAAAAUGUACCUGCAAGAAUAGUGAUUAUCUGGAAACAUUAAUGUAGUGAGAAAAAAGGGGUGAAAACGCAAAAGGAAUUUCUUUGCAAAUAUGAACAAAGAUCUUUUUCCCUGGUCACUUUCUUGCUAAUGAUAUUUGCAUAAAUGUUUCUGUUCUCUUAACUGUCUAAGCCUAGCAUUAGUCAUUCAUUUACCAGUUCCACUUCACACUCAAAAUGAACUGCAUAAUAAAUUUGAAGUGACAUUUAAGAGUACCUGGUGAACAUCUCAUUGUUACAUUUGAGAGUACUGUGCUGAUGAGUGACACUGAUGGUUUGAUAGGUGUCCGAAUUUCUCAUUUCAUUUCUUUUAAAUCAUUCUUAGAAGUGAAUUUAAAACCUUGAUUGGAAAACUGCAGUAAUAAUAAAACAAUAAAUGGAUAAGACUGUGAUUCCCUGAGCAGAUGACUUAACGUAACAGCUCACUUCUGCUCAAAGAACUCACCCCUCCAACUCCCUGUUGUACACUCAUGUCCCUUGUCCUUGUUAUGGCACUUAACUAGAGACGAUUAAAACCAACCAAACAAAAAAAAUGCGGGGUGGAUUUUUCCCAUUUUGGUUAGUCUUUUGACACAUUAAUGAGUUAAAUAAUCUCAAAGGGUGCAAUGACUGCAAGUGGAUUGUGGGAGUGGGACUUCCCCAGUUCAGCAAAAAAAAAACCUGUUAAAUAAGCUCACCAUGUCCCAUGGAACUCGCUUUGACACAACAUCAUCUUUCUCUUUGUAGCUACUCUCUGACUUUGGAAGUUGAGUUUCUGUGACAAAAAUAUGUUUGCUACCUGCUAGCCAGGAUUUCAAAACCUUGUAGAAUGGAAGCUGGCUUACAUCAGCAAAAAAAGUUUCUGAAGGCAACAGCUGCGUUAUCACUCUUGGCAGUGACAUAAAGGCAAAAAAAUACUUUCACCUUCCAUCUAUAGUCCCAAGGUAGUGUUUGUAGCAAUGGUGUUUGGAAGAGUAGUAUUUACAUGGAAAAUGUGUCUUCUCAAAACUACUGAAAGAAUAACAAAAUAGCUCUAUGGCAUUAUCUUGAUGAAUAAGCAGCUAUAUUCAGAAACAAGGAAAGGAACAAGACUGCAGGGUUAAACCAGGCAAGUUAAAAUUCUGCCUGCCAACUAUAUAUGCUAAUGGGAAACUUAGCUUCCUGUGAGAAAAACAAAUCUCGGGUUUAAUUAGCCCUUUUCAGCAGCGUGUGACAGAGUUAUGUGCACAUGUUUGCCAGACCAGCUGAUCAGUCAGGGACAGCUGGCUCGUUGUUCAGAUUUUCAGCAGAAAACAUCAUCAAAGUCUCACUGAAACUGUUUUUUUUUUGUGUGGCACUGGAACAGCUAACAUGGCUUGUAAGUCUGCAGUGAUUAAUAUUUCUUUUCCUAAGUCAUUAUUAAACUAUGUAUCCACAUCAAACUUACAUUAAAAUUAAUUUGAAUUUUAUAAAUAUCUGUGUGGAACUAAAUCUUGGUUUUUAUGUUAUUGAGAAUGCACAGUUCUGAAUAAAGUCUUGUCUUUGAUUAGGGUUAAACCUCCAAAGAAUUUUUUAGUACAACUGUUUUAUCUUGUUGGAUUCUAAUCUGUUCCUAAUAUGCCCAACGUGGGGGGAGAGGGAAGAGUACUUUUUUCAUUUUAAAAAGCAGUUGUUUUUACCUUGACUGGAACACUUUACAGGAUAAAUGAAGCAAGGCUGAUUUAGUUACAUGGUACCUCUGUGAACUAGUUUUGUAUUAUCUUUGUGAAUAAAACAAUAUUCUAAAGUAAUAGGACAUAUUUCACUUAAAAAUUCUACAUGUACCCCAGAGAAAGUAACAAUAAAAUAGAAAAUAUCA